AUGGCACCUCAAUUCGAGCCUAUGAAGAAUGAUCUCAUUCUGCGCACAGCGAGAGGCGAAAAAGUUGAGCGCCCACCGAUAUGGGUGAUGCGGCAAGCCGGACGCUACCUUCCCGAAUACCACGAGGCGAAAGGCAAAAACGACUUCUUUGAAUGUUGCCGCAGCCCCGAAAUCGCAUCCACUCUUACCCUGCAGCCGAUUGAGCGCUACGCGGGCCUCAUCGACGCUGCCAUCAUCUUCUCCGAUAUUCUCGUUAUACCGCAAGCUAUGGGCAUGGAGGUCAUAAUGGUGGACAAGAAGGGCCCUCAUUUCCCCGACCCGCUGCAAACGCCAGAGGACAAACAGUACAAGGAGGUUCUUGAGAGGAAGGUGGAUGUGGCAGAGUCUUUGGACUAUGUCUACAAGGCUAUUACCAUGACACGGCAAAAGCUGGCAGGGAGGGUGCCGCUGAUUGGCUUCUGUGGCGCGCCUUGGACGCUGCUGUGCUAUAUGGUUGAAGGUGGAGGUAGCAAGAUGUUCAUCCAGACGAAGACAUGGAUCUACAAGUAUCCCGAGGAGAGCAAGGCGCUGCUGCAGAAGAUUGCAGAGCUCUGCGUGGAGUAUUUGGCUCUUCAAGUGCAAGCUGGAGCACAGAUGAUCCAAGUCUUCGAUUCAUGGGCGGGCGAGCUAUCGCCAUCUUGUUUCAAAACCUUUGCUCUUCCGUACCUGAACUACAUCGCUGACAACCUUCCCGCGCGUCUCCAAUCAAAGGGCCUCGAGCCUGUUCCUAUGACCGUCUUCGCGAAGGGAGCAUGGUACGCCUUGUCGGAUCUCUGCGACACCAAAUACAACACUAUCGGCCUUGACUGGCUACACGCGCCGGCGGAGGCAUACAAGGUUGCGCAGGCGAAGGGUAAGGUUCUGCAGGGUAACGCGGACCCGGGUGUUCUGUACGGUACUAGGAAGUCUAUCACGAAGGUGGUUGAAGAGAUGGUCGCUGGUUUCGGUGGCGGCAAGCAGGGAUGGAUUGCCAACCUUGGCCAUGGUAUCACCCCAUUUGUCAAGCCGGAUGACCUCAAGUUCUACUUCGAAGAGAUUCACAGAUUAACCAAGGCUUGA